AUGUCGACGACGAUCAUGGGUCGUCAGGCGACAAUCACCGGCACCAGCGCGCCACCGGCCAGCAAAGUUCUGGUGUGUCGUCAGUGGUGGAAAGUGUGCUGGGUGUACGGCGACCAGUACAAGCAGUACCGGGAAUUGUACGGCCGCAAGAGGACUACCACGGUGCAUGUGCAGCAGGCGACGAAAGUAUGUCGCAACUGCAAGUGUCCCCGCGAGGACCACCAGGACGGCCCAAUGGCCGCCAACCAGGCGGAGGUGGACCGACUGCUGCAGAAGGCGACGUCGCCCGCCUACUCCACGUCGCCGCCACCGUCGACGCAGCAGGCGCACCACCACCCGCAAGGUUCUCCGGCUUCAGCCCCCAACCCCGGAACCACCGAGGCCGUCCAGCGGCAGUCGCACUCGGAUGACGACAGCGGCUGCGCCCUGGAGGAGUACACCUGGGUGCCUCCGGGACUCAAGCCCGAACAGGUGCACCUGUACUUCUCGUCCCUGCCGGAGGACAAGGUCCCGUACGUGAACAGCGUGGGCGAGAAGUACCGCAUCCGUCAGCUGCUGCACCAGUUGCCGCCGCACGACUCGGAGGUGCGCUACUGCAACGGCCUCUGCGAGGAAGAACGCCGCGAACUGCGCCUCUUCUCGAGCCAGCGCAAGCGCGAGGCCCUCGGCAGGGGAUCCGUCCGGCAGCUACCCGUCAACGCGGCCAGCCUGCCGCCCAUCGUGUGCCAGAACUGCGAGGAGCCCUUGUCGGCGGGUGACAUGUGCGUGCUGGCGUCCCGCGCGGGCCCCGACUGCGGCUGGCACCCGGGCUGCUUCACGUGCCACACCUGCGGUGAGCUGCUCGUCGACCUCAUCUACUUCUACCGGGAGGGAAAGCUCUACUGCGGCCGACACCACGCCGAGAGUCUGAAGCCGCGCUGCACCGCCUGCGAUGAGAUAAUUUUUGCGGACGAGUGCACGGAGGCGGAAGGCCAGGCGUGGCACAUGCGCCACUUCUGCUGCUUCGAGUGUGACCGUCAGCUGGGCGGCCAGCGUUACAUCAUGCGCGACGGUAGACCUUACUGUCUGCGCUGCUUCGACGCCAUGUUCGCUGAGUUCUGCGACACGUGCGGCGAGCCCGUGGGUGUCGACCAGGGCCAGAUGUCACACGAGGGACAGCACUGGCACGCCACCGAGGCCUGCUUCCGCUGCGCCACCUGCCGCCAGUCGCUCCUGGGCCGGCCGUUCUUGCCCCGCAAAGGGCUCAUCUACUGCUCCCUCCAGUGCAGCAAGGGCGAUUCCAAGUCGUCUUCUCAGAGGGCCAACAACUCGCCGUGCUCACCGUCCUCGAGCAAGGACCUAGUACAAACGAGCGCCCCGACCACGACUGCUUCGAAUUCUCCGAGCCGACAUAGCACGAUCCGGCAGAGCCCACUGCUCCUGAGGAAGCAGCCGCCACCACUUGAGCUCGACGAUCUGGUGGAGGAGUGUCCGCCGCCGCCUCCUCUCCCGACCUCGGGUCCGCCUCGCGAAGACGAAGGGGACCUCUCCUACGUCACCGACCCGACGAGCUUCCAGAGGUACUCCGACUCGGCCUCCUCUCAAGGACACUCGGACACCACGGCAACAGUUCGCUCCGACUCGCCGCAUUCCGCGACCCGUUCCGGCACGCCCGAAUCUCAGGGCUCUCACCACAGUUCCCAGCCGCAAACACCGCCCAAGCCACGACCGUGUUCACCAGCAGAAAGCCUGAAAGGUAUCAGCGGUUUGCCUACCAUCCCACCAUCGGCGGGCAUACUGAAGAAGUCGGCAAGCUUGGUGUCCGAGUCGCCUCUAGGACGCAUGAAACACUUCCCGGCGUCGCCGUCCCUUACGGCGGCACGAAACCCCGGCUUCCCUUCGCCAAACUCUCCCGGGAACGUCAGGAGGCUCUUGUCUCCGGUGGCGUCCCCCGCACUUCAGACAUCAGGCCACCGCUCACCGGGCCCGCCAUACAGUCUUGGAGUGCCGGCGACGCCUCCCAAGCCACUGCUAUCACCCAAUGUUGGCAGAAACCUCUCCACAGCGUCCUCGUCGCGAGGAAGUGUUUCCGCUUCGUCAUCUAUCUACGGCGCACGCCAGAAGACUGUGCUCUCUCAUUCCAUGUCACAAUCUCCAGACAGCCCUAGGAUGAGGCAGCGAUUUCAGGGGACAAGUCCAUCACUCGCAGGUUCCCACGGGGCAGGUAUUUCCGCGAGCCAGUGUGCACGGUUCCCGCCUGGAAUCACACCCAUGUCGCCGAUGCCAUCCCCGACGCAGAUGGUUCGUGGCAUUCUCGGUCAAGGUGAAAGCCCGCGGUGCCAGCCGCAGCAGGCCCUGCCUGAGCGGCAAGUUGCGUGUCGCCCUCAGGGCACUGCAGCCGCCACAUCGUCUUCUCCCGGUGACGCUCUGCUCACGCCUACUUGCGGUCGUCGACGCGAACCACUCAACGUGUCCGACCUCAGGCUCGGGGCCCUGCUGGCCAGUUCCGAGGUCUUCGUGGAAGUGGUCGAGGAGAUCCAAAACGGACCGUUCAGCAAAACCAGCAGCCACCACCACCACCGCCUUUCGGGUUCCCACUUCUCUAUGCCGGACCUUUCCGUAGGCCACGCAGCGUACAGUAGCAGUCAGCAUCACAUCGAGCAACAGCAGCAGUCUUCCUCCUAUGGUGCGCGGGACGAAGAUGAUGGCAGCACGUACUACUCUCCAGAAUCUCCGGGCGCAACUGCAGGCAGCGCACCUUCGUCACAUCCGACGACGCCAAAGAUGCUGUCAGUACACUUUGACCCUAGCCUAGGUCAGGCAGAGAGCGACACCGACGCCGCUUGUAGCAGUGGCCGCCGUGGAAGCUCGCGUUCGUCGAGGCGAUCCCGGCGACACCGGCGCGACGACUCGAGCUCCAGCGAGGGUGGGUACGAGGAUGAGCAAGACGCGGCAUCGACGUCGUCGAGAAUCACGGUUCACUCGCAGCCCAAGUCGCAAAGGUCGAGGCGAAGCAAGGAUGCAGCAGCAGCCAGGGCGCGCAGUGCGUCAGAGGGAGCGGUGUCGUCCCGGAGGGAUCGACCGCAGUGUAGCCGGAGGGCUCCCGCUGAGCUGCCACUGGAAUAUGACGACGUCUGUAGCACAUGCUCCAGCUCGAGUUCGGAUGACUUCCCCUAUGAACUGCCCCAGAGGAGAGCCUACGGUGGCGUGCGCAUAUCGUAUGUAAGCAGUGAUGCCCUCGCGGUGGCCAAGCAGCGCACCAGGACUCGCUCAGCUGAGAAGAAAAAUGCUGCCGACAAGAAUUGCAUUAUUUCAUGAGGCACGAGUGUGUGUAUGUGUGUGUGUGUGCAUGCAUGGGUCCGAGUGUCAUGUAUGUGUCUGUAUUUCUUGCUUUCGUUCAUUCAGUGGUACGAGUCUAUCACAGCCAGUGCAAAGCCAAGCUUAUUAAGCAAUUUUCUGUUGAUGCUAUGGAGAUACGCAAGGAUAGAGCAUGGUACUGCUUUACACACAGAAACAUUUUCUUUGCAAUAAUUGGACAUCUUAAAAUGGCAUUCAGGGCUUUUUAGUUCUCAUUGCUUUACCACUGCAUUGUCCUCAGCUUUUAAUUAUUUUCUAGCAUGUCCUUCAAAUAGGGCUGCAGUGGUCACCAGUGCAACCUCUACUUUUAGUUAGCUAUCGCCGAGAAUCAGUUAUGGCCUCCUGAUGACUUGGUGGGUUUAUUCAUAAUGGAAUAAAUAAAGAACUUGCUCAUUUUUUCAUUGUAAAGUGCUACUUCAACACCGAAUGUAUUGGCUUUGUGUUGGUCCUGUGGUAGCCUCGUGUGAGCAUUUGUCUUCAUUGCAGCAUUAAAGACGCGAACAACACACCAUGAAAUUCAAGAGCAAAGUGCGGGUAUUCAGCCUACGUCAUGUGUCAGCCUUUGGUUACGUUCUCGUGUCAUGUGUUUUGCAGAUGAAGAUUAUGUGAAUUGCUUGUGUCCCACAUGUCUACACGUGCAGGGUACUUGUACUGAAGAUUCCUGCCGAGUUUUACUGCUCCUGCGUGCGUGUGUGUGUGUGUUAGGUCAUUGUAAGUAAUCACACCUCUGAACAAAGUGCUGCAUUGAGCGCGAAAUAUGCACACCUGUACAGACAAAGAGUUUAAGAGUGCCGCUAAAUGUUUUCACGCUUACUUCUGAGGUGAAGAACAUAACUUCUUAUUACAAAGCAACAGACGACACAGAUUUAGCAUUUGUAAAAUAUCCCCACAGAACGUAAGAGUGUUGCCUGUUGUGGUGAGCUGCGCAUGUGAUCACCAAGUCCCAGUUUUUCCAUGGGAAAAGCACACAGGCCAAUAAUAUGUGCUGCACAAGGACAAAAGACAUGUAGAGAUGCAUGCAUAUAGUCUUUCACCUUUGAACUAUACGGAUGCUACAAGGUUAAAGUUGAAGCUAGCUGUCCGAGACCUACUGGAAAAAUUUAAGAUUAACAAUAAUUGAAAUAGGCCUUGCAUUACCCUCCUGCAGCAUAUUAGAGUUUAAGUCAAGGCCGUGGGCGAGACUAUUCUUUUUUCAUUUAUGGUUUUACGCUGAAGGUGAAAGUUCACUUUGGUAAAUCUGUUCGAACAGGGCACUAGAGAACAAUUGUAGGUCGAUUCAAAAGGAAACAAGACUUAAAUGUGUAGCAUGGUUGCACACAAUAGUCAAGUAUUAUAGGCACAUCAUCUGCUGCACUUGCCACGAGGGACCACAUUUGCGAUGGCAAAUGUUAUGGGUAGCAAGGCUUAACAGCUUUCAUUUGAGGCAUAGGAGAGCCCAGUUAAAACGUGAACAGCUGUAACAUUACACUGCUUUGAGAAAGUACAGCUUUACACAAACCUUGGCAUUUAUGAUAGGUAUAGACAAACGUGACCAACACAUUGAGGUGACGAGAUGCAGCUUAAGUGCCCAUCAUGAGCUGCGUCGUAGAUACGCCCACACUGCCUUAUGUAAUACUUUCCGAGUGUCGCUGAACAAAUCGCAUUCACUUCCCGCUUUCUUAGACAUUGCUAGGUGUUUCAGUGAAUUGUCUAACCACAUGCCUUAUGCGUCCCAUUGCCAGCCUACAAUGUUUGAGAGCUAGACAAUAAUAGCUUUCUCAUUCUAUAUAGAGCCUAUGAGAAGCUAGGUAUGGCACUACUGAGAAAAGCGCAUCUUCUGAGAAUGUUCAUAGGCUGCUCCUCUAAGGGACAAGGCUAGAUAAAGGAAAGUCGGGAAGUUUGCAGUCACAGGUCAUACACUAAGCAAUAGUUCAAAGUGUCACACUUAUUCGAAAGUGCUAGGAACCCGGUAGGUAUAAUAUAUAAUCUCUUUUUGUUCUAUACGGUUCUUGUUUUCUCAUCAUCGACCAUUCAUAGUCGGCCAAUUUUGGCGAUAAAGAGAAUGGACUGUGGCUCAGACCAUUGAUAAAAUGCGAAACGGAAUAGUUGAAAAAGCAUUUUUACAUCCAUUUUACAUCCUGAUCACUAACACAGCAACAAAAGCAAAAAAACACAGCUACCGAGGCAUUGCAUAGAAGUUUUCUGCCUCAACAUUUGACAGUUGCCAAGGUUAAACUUUGGCAGUAAAACCUUGGCUCACCUUCCUUUGAUAAGGAAGGUGCUGUACCAGGGUUUUGAGGAUACACAUAAGAUGACCACACCCUACGUACUGGAUGAUGUGCUUAUAGCACACAACAUCUGCGUAAAAGGUGAAAGUGGUAGCAAGAAGGCCUCGAAGCAUGACACCAAACAGUCAUGUUCUUCGUAAUGGAACAUCACAAACAUUGAUGAUUGAAAACUGGAUUAAGAGAAGAAACCUGUGGUGCCAAAAAAAAAUGCCAGCGACUGUUCUUGGUAACCACCGCUCCAAGAGCAUUGUUACAAGCUCAGUUGCUACAGGGAACUAUACCUGUUGCACAGGUCUCAUUAAAUGGAGUUUCAUUGCCUCUGCCUGAAAGAUGAAAGAAUAAGAAAACCAUUUCACAAUUUGACGCGUCGUGUAAGGUUGCUUUAUGUGAGUACUACGUCUGUUGCAACAUUAAAUGAGUACCUGACUUGAGACAUUACCUUUUAGUGUUCAUUGUCUCCCAAUGAAUUAAUGUUUGCAUUUUCAUAGCACUCAGAUUAAUGGAUUACUUGAAUAGAAUGCAAUUAUGUAGAUACGGGAGACACCAAACGACGUGUCGGGAUAUAUAUUCGGAGACAGAGUUAUUGAUUAGUAUACUCAUUCAAGUAAAGUUUGCCUCGCAAUAAUUGAAACUCCCAAGGAAUUCAGACUUGCUUGGCUAACGACAAAAUUGUGCACACGUACUAACAUACACGGACCAUGAUACUUAUGGCACAAGUAGGUAAUUCUCAAUUGCUGGGUUUUCUCCAUAUGCAUAACAUCGCAGCUGCACACACUGCUGAGUUAUUGGCAUCUGGAUUCACAGAAUGUUAUGACCUGCACAAAAGCUUGAAUAUCAAGCUUAAGUGAAUGUUUACCUGAAGAUCUAUUAGCCAAAUUUCUUGUCUUAGAGCAAGCUAUAGCAUAGCACAUCAGAAGCCAGAUGCUUGAAAAGUACUCAAAUCAACCAAAACAUUAAAGUACUCAUGUUCCAAUUAUUGCGAGUCACCCAUACACUACCCUUUGUCUGCGAAGCCUGGUUCUAGAGCAAUUUUCCUACUUUGCUCCCCUCCCCCUCUCCUUCUUAAAAAACAUUAUUUUGUUCUUCAAGAAUGAAAUGUCUAAAAGGACAAUGUUCAUUAUGGAGUGAAUCAUCAGCUUUCUGUGUCUUACUAACUGUAAGUGGCGUGUCGACACAUCUGAGAUCAGGGAGCUUGUAUGUAUACCCAGUUUUUAGUAUGGUGCGCAGGAGGAGCGACUGCCUACCAGCGACACUACGACAUCAUUGCCAAAGCAAGUGCAUUUUUUUGUGUUUUGUAUAGUGUACAUGAUGAAACCAACGUUGUGGGGAACACGGACUCUCCAUCAUUUAAUUAUUUUUAUUUCUACAGAUCUGUUUUCUUGUGCAUUUUCUGCAAGGGCGGCAACUGGACUGGACAAAGAGGCGUGCAAGCGUGUCACAAUUGAACCAUAGAUUAUAUGGUUUUAUACAAAGUAAUAAAUCAAAUCACUUCUUA